AUUGACUUGGCGAUUGCUGUCGCAGACAAACCAUAGUACAGCCAGACCAGACGUAUAAAGCUAUAAAGAAGUGACGAGAAACGAGAGCAAUUCCAAAAAGUAACUCGAAGAAUCAGUUGUAUUUUUUUUUUAACUUCUCGGACAGUAAUUACAUUUAAAAACAAUUUUUAAGUGGCAAUAAACGACCAGAGACAUGUUUGUGAUAAGUGGUGUGUUUAUGCUAUUGCUAUUUGGAUUUUCACAUGGAUCUCCUCCAGAGCCUUGGCCGAUUCCGACCUCAUUUAAUGAUCGAGAAGUGCCACACUUGGACUUGGAGAGCCGGGAGAACGGUUAUCAUGGACUCGUUAAGGAAAACGAAACUCGGGUCGAAGUAACACCUCAGAUACGCGCCGUGGGUGCGAAAAUUUGCUCAUACAAGAUCGCUAACAAACAUCACGGGGAUGCGCCCUUCGAGAUUAUUCUUAAAGAAAAAGGAAUAGCAGUAUUACGUGCUUUACGUUCGUUAAAUUGCGAGAAGCGCCGCAAUUAUAAAUUCGACAUCGCCGCUGUUGCCUGCAAUGGAUUACAAUCUGAAAACGCAACUGUUCACAUAACAGUGAUUGAUGUAAACGAAUACGCGCCCCAGUUUCUGCAACCAGCGUACGUGAGCACCGUGGACGAGGGCCGUCUAUACGAAGAAGUGGUGAGAGUAGAAGCUUCAGACCGUGACUGCACUCCGAAAUUCGGAGACGUCUGCAAGUACGAAAUACUGACCGCAGACCAGCCGUUCGUCAUCGACAAUGAGGGCGCGAUCAGGAACACCGAACCGCUGGAUUACGAGCGCUCGCACAAUUAUAUCUUGAGCGUGGUCGCUUAUGACUGCGGAAUGAAACAAUCCGCCCCGGCGAUGGUCACCGUUAAAGUAAACCGCGUGUGCUCUCCAGGAUGGCGGGGAAUCCCCGAGCGAGUUGACUACGCAGCUGGAGCUGGACCGCAGCCGCUGAUACCCUCUGCUCGUCUGGAAUUAUGCGACGCGCCCUGUUUAUUGAGGAACUUGAGGACCACCUUGACUUUGGCGACUGACCACAUCGGCAAAGGCUGCGACCGCGACACUUACGGCGUCAAAAGCCAGAGGAAGUUGUGCGGAGCGUCUCGCGACAGUGUUGAUUUACUCCCGACUCCUGGACCUACUACCACCUGGACUGCGAGCUUGUCUAGGGACGAGGGUCGCGAAGCUGAUGAGAUCUUUGAGUUUGAUGGUAGCAAUUCUGCUGCUAUUAUCCCUGCUGAUAUUCUGGACCAUGCUUUGGCUCAGAAAUUCACUAUUGGAGUCUGGAUCAAACACCGACCCAGGCCCAGGCAGGAUCCUCAUGUUAAGGAACAUAUUUUGUGUGCUGCUGACGACCACAAAAUGAACCGCCACCACUACGCAUUUUUCAUCCGCAACUGCCGCCUAAUUCUCCUCCUCCGCCGCGACUUUUCCGAAGGCGACCCAAACAUUUUCCGCCCCGCAGAAUGGCGUUGGAAGCUCCCGCAAGUCUGCGACGACAGAUGGCACCAUUUCGCGGUGCAAGUAGACUUCCCGCGCGUAUCCCUCUUCGUCGACGGCGAAGAAUGGACAUCCGACGAAAAGAACCCUGAAGUAAUCGACGACUGGCCACUGCACCCCGCAAAAGGUGUCAACACCACCCUAGUAGUCGGAGCAUGUUGGCAGGGAACCGAUAACAAAACAAAGCACCACUUCCGCGGUUACCUAGCAGGUCUGUCAGUCUUAGUAGGUCGCAAUGAAAAGCCCCAAGUAUUAACCUGUUUACGUCGCUGUCAAGAAGGGAUCCAUAUCCCGUCAAUGGAACUCUUACAACCAGGCACCCAAUUACGAACCAACUCGGAGUUAACCGAGGUCCGUAUCGACGGAGACAACCAUACAAACGUUGAAACUCUUCUUCGUCGCGUUGGGUACACAAAUACCCGUAGAUUCCCUACUCCCGGUCGUAGAAAUUUCAGAAUUGACACCACAAUCGUUUGCGAGGGCUCCGAGGCCCAUCCUUUGGAAAUCCGACCGGUUCAGUCCUACGUAACAGUGCUGCCACCUCCUCGUCCUGGAAUUACAGUCAAUGGUACCUUAUAUGUCGCUCGCGAGUACUCAGAUUUCCGUUUGGGUGUUAGAGUUUUUCCCGACGCGAAAGUAACAGCUGGAUCAGCAGCUAGGCUAGAUGCUUGCGCUGUUAGUGUCUAUCCAAGCCUAAAUCCUGACCAUGAGUCUCUAGGACUGCCCACUGAUGCUCUGCACCAGUUCCAUUCAAUAACUUCCAGGAUUGACCGCGACGGAGUGGUUCUUUCUGGAGCAGACACUCCGUAUAAAUACCAACAGCUGAUCCGGUUGAUCACUUACACCAACCGCAAGCCUGCUUACUAUCUAGACCGGGUUUUUAAAUUAACCUGCUCGGAGCUGAACGGCCGGUUCGCCAGCAACGAGUACGUCCAGACUUUAGCAGUGAUCCACCCUAAGGAAAAACCAACGACACCCCCGAUAGUGUCUUACCCAACGCAGGAAAUCCCGCCUAUUGUAAAAAUCCUGGAACCUAUUGCUGGACACGUCCAGCUGUCUCGUCACCACGCUGACACUUCUGACGAGUACUCCGUGAGCCAGCUUCAUGAAAAUCGGGGCCUUGCUGCGGUGGGUAGCAGCCAUGCGAUUACAAUUGUAGCUGCAGCGUGUAUUGGGUUCUUGCUAUUGAUGGUAGUGAUUGGGUUCGCGAGGGUCAGAGGCGCUGCUUCUGCUGCUAAGAGGAGAGUUGGUACUGAUGAACUCACCACGGAAACUGAAAUGGCUUGGGAUGACUCUGCGCUGGCGAUUACGGUCAAUCCGAUGGACCGCUUGAAUGACAAUCAUCAUGCUAGGGAUGAUGGGGAGGAUGAGUCAGGCUCUUCGGAUUCUGAUGAAGACUCUUUUCAUGAAGAUUCUAGUGAUUGUGAUAAUGAUUGUGAGAUUAACCAUCCUCGGCACCAUCGUCAUCACAAUGCGCCGAAUGAGCUCGAGUGGGAUCAUCGCGAUGUUUAAAUUUAGGUUUGAUAAUCAUUUGUAUAAUCAUCAUUACGGUAUUAAGACGAGUACUUUUUUUUAGUUGGGGAGCUAUUGCUCUCGUGCCCCUUUUUUUUAGACGAUUUUAGAGAUUCAUUGGUUUUAUAAAGCUUUUGGAUUUUUUGAGUAUCUUAAUUUUUUGGGGAGAUUUUUUGGGAAACUUUCGGGCUAAAAUAGAUUUUUUUAGGGAAGCGUACACGGAAAAAACAAGAUAACACUGGAUAUCAUCCCAGAUUAUAU